AUUCAAAUCGUGAGGACACACUGUGAAAAUCUUUUACUUCUACUAUUCUAAACGAAAUAAACGCAAUAAAAUGUCGUUACACAUGCAAUUCAAAAUGGCUUUUAAUUUUUAAACUUGUCACAUGCUCGCAUGCUGUCAAUUAUCCUGCCGAGAGCGAAAUUAUCCUUUCCCGCCAAUAUGAUCUCCUCUCUCUCUCUCUAUUUUUCUGUUCCACUGUGUGAAAGCGGAAACGAAACACACCCAUUCCGGUGCGAGUUGAAAAGAGUAAACUACUAAGCACGUUCCUUACUUUGUUUAGUUUAAUUGCCUUUGCUCUGUAGAAACUGGCCGCGAAGAAAAAAGCCACAAAAUUUACAAACAAAAACAAGCAUCAUAGAUUGAGUCAUAGCUAUCAAUCGGGCGAUUUGUAGGGUUCCUGUUUCACUAACAUCUUCAUUUGCAUUCGUUCGUCGCUAAAGAAUGAGUUAAAGUGUGUAAGUUAAAUCUCUGUCAGCAACCCCGCUUAGUGGAAGAAUGUGAUUAAUUACGAUGAAGCAUUCUAAAACGCGAUUCCGGUGCGAGUUGAAAAGAGUAAACUACUAAGCACGUUCCUUACUUUGUUUAGUUUAAUUGCCUUUGCUCUGUAGAAACUGGCCGCGAAGAAAAAAGCCACAAAAUUUACAAACAAAAACAAGCAUCAUAGAUUGAGUCAUAGCUAUCAAUCGGGCGAUUUGUAGGGUUCCUGUUUCACUAACAUCUUCAUUUGCAUUCGUUCGUCGCUAAAGAAUGAGUUAAAGUGUGUAAGUUAAAUCUCUGUCAGCAACCCCGCUUAGUGGAAGAAUGUGAUUAAUUACGAUGAAGCAUUCUAAAACGCUGAUAAGAAUGACCGAACGACUAUCGGUCAAGUGUAAAUGAGCGGAUGUGCCAUUAGCCAGAUGUGUAGUUAGUACGGCUAGUUGUAACGAUCGGUAGCUGUUCCGUUUAAACCAUGCAGAGUACGGUACAAAACUUCCGGGAAGGACUGUGGAAUCUACCGAGUACGGUAAAUAGCUUGCUGCUGGCCGGAACAUUCGCCGACAAUGGUGAUAGAAGCUUUGCGGAGGAAUUAACUAGUGGACAAAAAACCUCACCCAACGCGCGGGAUGAUAACAACAACGAUGGGAAUGAAGAAGCAGGUUCAGAGGACAGUGAACAGGAGGAAGAUGUACCGGAAACGUGUACUCCGGGCAAUGAUCGAACGUUGGAACCGAUGAACAGUUCGGUUGGCUCCUUGCGUGCUUUCUGUGACGAACAGAAUGAUGGUGAUCAGGAACAGGACGUUCAAGGAUCGAUCCCACCCGGUCCCGACACAGCUGUACCACGCGUAAAGUGGCAACUGGUUCCGCUGGAUCAGAAUGCAUCAUUGGUGGAAUUGUCGCAAGCGAUUGAUGUGUGUCGGUCACUGGUACGCACGAAUGCUUACGGACCGGACACGGAGCAAAGCAAAUGGUUGGUGAGACAUUUGGUUGAAUUGCGGUACCGAUACCGGGAGUUGCUCGAUUUCUCCCGCGAUCCGGAAGCGGUGCUGGAAGAAACGGAAGUAAUACUUGGGCAUCAUUUCGUCCGCCGGAAACAAUUUCCCUUUCAACAGUUGCAACACAAACGGAACCUGUAUUGUGAUCAUUGUUCGGGAGUCAUCUGGAAUGUUGUGCAAGCGUCCUACGUUUGCUACGAUUGUUCCUUUGCCGUGCAUCAUAAAUGCUUGCGCAGUGUUAUACGUAUCUGUGCGCACGUCGUAACUACAGAACAUAAGCAACCGAUCGAAUGCAUUUGUCCGGAAAUUGGAUUGGCCUUUCAGAAGUAUACCUGCGCUGAAUGUGGAACGCAACUAAGCUACAAUACAUCCACAGCCAUAAACUGUUUCGGAAUGGAGUUUAAAGCAGGUAAGGAUGUGCACCUGUUUCCCCCCAUUCCUUCAGAAAACCAUAAAUCGAUUAAUUUUUCGUUUCUUUGUGCAAUAGAGAAACUGAAUUCGAUUCAACCUCGGUUGUGUGAUUACACCGGCCUCUACUAUUGUCCAUCCUGUCACUGGAAUGACACCAGUAUCAUACCCGCACGGAUCACCAACAACUGGGACUUUGUGCCACGGAAAGUUUGUCGUGCGUCACGGCAGCAGAUAAAUCUUUUGCUACACAAACCCGUCAUACGGCUGGAGGAAAAAAAUCCACGUCUGUUUACCUUCAUUCCGCAGCUGGCCGAAGUGAAACGCGUCCGUGUCCAGCUCGGUGAAAUGAAACGAUAUCUCAUCGCGUGCCGUUUGGCAGAUGAGAUCAAGCUCGUUGCGAAGCAAAUCGGUGAACGGCGUCAUCUGAUGGAAUCGGUCGAGCUGUACAGUGUGGCUGAUCUGGUUGGCGUAGAGGAUGGAACGUUGGUAGGCCAGCUACGUACGUUACGAGCCACAUUCGAACAUCAUAUAAGAACAUGUUUGAUCUGCUCCGGUAAAGCCUACAUCUGUGAGUUCUGCAACAAUGAUCAAAUUUUGUUUCCAUUCGACGAUAACGCCAUCAGCUGUACGCGCUGCAAUACCGUCAGCCAUCGGGAAUGCUACCAGCGAAAGAAGAUGAAAUGUGCAAAGUGUACACGGUUACGACGGCGUGCUUUGCAAACAUUGCGCGAACAGCUGGACCUAGAAAAUGGGAACUAAAUUAAACGCAUAUCUUUCCACUUUGGAAGCUACUUCAAUGUGCUUUGGUUGUGCAUUAGAUUAUUAACUCACGGUGGCUUCGUGCACACAGCUUUUCUGUCGCCCGUAGAAACAUUGCAAAUAAAAGCACCUGCUUUUGAAUGGUC